AUGCAGAAAAACCUGAAAAGAGAAAAUAUUCUUAAAAGUCUUAUUAAUUCACUGGUAGGAAGGAAUUGUAGGGAGUUCAAAGAUUCUGAGGUUGUUCUGCGUUGGCUAAGGUCACAUGACGAAGUGGUUACUUGGGAUCUUACCGAUGACAACUUUGAAGAAAAAACACAUAGUUAUUCUCCAAACGAAGGGGCCCUCGACUGGUUUGUCAUGUUUUAUAACGCCGAAGUACCAGAUUGCAAUGCAUUUGUAUCAUCGUGGGAAACUGUUGCACAUAAACUAAGAGGGAUCGUCAACGUUGGAAAAGUGGACGGAUCAGUUAAUGAUGAUGUAAUGGAAAGGUUCCGUCUAGACUCGGAUCAAUGUCCUGUCUUCCUAUUCUUUCACCGAGGGAAAAUGUAUCGUUAUAAAGAUGCAGCAAAAGACAUUCGUGGCUUAACAACAUUUGCUUUACAUAAGUACAAAGAUCAACGAGGUCAUCGAAUUCCCGAACCACCAACCGCUCUUGAGCAGUUCUACGAACAAGUUAAAGAGCGUGCUAUAGAAAUUCUAGCACUUAAAAAGGAGUACAUCUUUUACGGAAAUGAUGGAAUUGACGAUAGUCAAGCACUGUCAAUAAUUGGCGUCACUGGCUUGAUUGUAAUAAUUGCUAUAACCUUGGUGGCAAAAGCGAGAAGGAUUCAGGCAGCUCAAACCGCUGCAAAUGAAAAACCAAAAACGACAUAA